UCGCCUGGGAACUGAGAGAAACAUGAACCAGAAGCUACUGAAGUUGGAAAAGUUGCUACGAUUUCACACUAUUUGUAGGCAAUUGCACAGCCUGAGUCAAAGAAGAUUAUUAGCGUGGUGGAGGCAUGGGUCUGCACCGGCUUCCGCAGUGUGGGCAGAUUGGUUGUGUGCCCGGCCUUGGCCGACAGACGUGCUUACUGGUUCAGCUUUGCAUCAGCACAGACUUCUUGUUACAAAGAAGGAAAAACGACCACCGAGAUCUCAGUUGUCUCCAAUAAAAACUAAAAAGGAGGUAGAAGUAUGGGUUGGAAUGACUGUUGAAGAACUAGCCAGAGCAAUGGCAAAAGACACAGAUUGUGUAUAUGAAGCUUUAUUGAACACCGCCAUUGACAUAGACUCACUAGACGCAAACUCACAUUUAGACGAAGUCUGGAUCAAAGAAGUUAUAAAGAAGGCAGGAAUGAAGCUGAAAUGGAGCAAAUUAAAACUGGAGAGAAUAAGAGAAAAUAAAGAUGCUGUGAGAAGGCCUGGGGCAGAUCCAGCUUUACUAAAGCCAAGGUCCCCAGUUGUUACUAUAAUGGGUCAUGUUGAUCAUGGGAAAACGACCUUACUUGACAAACUUCGAGAAACUCAAGUGGCAGCGAUGGAAGUUGGAGGCAUUACUCAACAUAUUGGUGCUUUUCUUGUCUCUCUGCCUUCUGGAGAAAAGAUAACCUUUCUUGAUACCCCGGGACAUGCUGCUUUCUCAGCAAUGAGAGCCAGGGGGGCUCAGGUCACUGACAUUGUUGUGCUGGUUGUAGCUGCAGAUGAUGGGGUAAUGAAACAAACUGUGGAAUCCAUUCAGCACGCCAAGGAUGCAGGAGUUCCUAUUAUCCUUGCAAUAAAUAAGUGUGACAAGACAGAUGCUGAUCCUGAAAAGGUGAAAAAAGAGCUCCUGGCUUAUGAUGUGGUGUGUGAGGAGUAUGGUGGUGAUGUUCAAGCAGUGCAUGUCUCUGCACUUACAGGAAAGAACCUGAUGGCUUUGGCAGAAGCAACAAUUGCUCUCGCAGAAAUGUUGGAACUGAAAGCAGAUCCCACGGGCCCAGUGGAAGGAACAGUAAUAGAGUCUUUCACAGACAAAGGAAGAGGUCCUGUUACAACAGCUAUAAUUCAAAGAGGAACUCUGAAAAAAGGCUCAAUUCUAGUUGCUGGGAAGAGUUGGGCAAAAGUUCGACUAAUGUUUGAUGAAAAUGGAAAAACAGUUAAUGAGGCCUAUCCUAGCAUGCCAGUGGGAAUCAUAGGCUGGAGAGACCUCCCUUCUGCAGGAGAUGAAAUUCUUGAAGUACAGUCUGAGCCAAGGGCCCGUGAAGUUGUUGACUGGAGGAAGUCUGAGCAAAAAGAAGAAAAGGGCAAAGAUGACCUGAAAAUAAUGGAAGAAAAGCGAAAGGAACACCAAGAAGCACAUCGGAAAGCCCGUGAGAAGUAUGGCAGCCUGCACUGGAAGCAGAGAUCAUACAUAAAGUACCUUGAAAGAAAAGAACAGAGACCCUUAAAGCCCAAAGAAAAGGUAGAAAGGGACUCAAAUGUACUUCCUAUAAUUAUUAAAGGUGACGUUGAUGGGUCUGUGGAGGCCAUCUUGAACCUUCUGGAUACCUAUGAUGCUUCCCAUGAAUGUGAACUAGAAUUAGUGCAUUUUGGAUUGGGUGACAUCAGUGAAAAUGAUAUUACCUUUGCUGAGACAUUUGAUGGUGUUAUUUAUGGCUUUAAUGUGGAUGCAGGCAGUGCUAUCCAGCAGUCAGCUGCACAAAAGGGAGUCAAGAUUAAACUUCACAAAAUCAUCUACCAUCUUAUUGAAGAUUUGCAGGAGGAACUAAGCAGCAGAUUGCCCUACAAGGUGGAGGAGUACCCAAUAGGUGAGGCUUCUAUAUUAGCUACCUUCACUGUAACAGAAGGGAAGAAAAAAGUUCCUGUUGCUGGCUGCAGAGUUCAAAAGGGACAGCUAGAAAGACAGAAGAAGUUUAAAUUAAUCCGUAACGGCCAAGUUAUUUGGAAGGGCUCAUUAACUUCGCUGAAACACCAUAAAGAUGACGUUUUAGUUAUAAAAACUGGUAUGGACUGUGGUCUUAGUUUAGAUGAAGAAAACGUAGAAUUUAAAGUGGGCGAUCAAGUUAUUUGUUAUGAAGAAAAUAAAGUACCAACUAAGACUUCCUGGGAUCCAGGAUUUUAAAUGUACAUUAAAAAUGGUAAAAUGUA